CGGCUGCAGAGUGAACUCCCCCUAACCCUUGAACAGCUGGAGACUGUUUUUGACAGCUUGGAACAGAACAAUAACGGAUACCUGACACCUGUAGAGUUCAGCAUGGGGCUAGGAAAGUUAAUGGGGAUUGAAUUGUGUCAGGGGGCUGGGAGAAUGGAUCACUCCAGACACGAGGAGACCUUUGAGUCAGGCUGGUCAGAUGACUUGGACCCAGCAGGUGAUGAUGAAGAGAAACGAUUCUGUUCCAUGAUGGAGCAGCUUGGAGCAACCCACAUGUUUGAAGAUCCGCGUGAGAUUCGGGAACUCUGGGCUCGGCUACGAAAGGAGCAUCCGGAGCUCCUACCCAAUCUUGAAGAGUUCCUGUUGCGUGUUUCAUCGUACAUAAGGGAGGUGAAUCAUGAGAAGGAGACUAUGGAGCAGGCAUUGAAACGGAAGGAGACAGACCAUGACCAGGAAGUCAGGUGCCUUUAUGAGGAAAUGGAGCAACAGAUCAAAGCAGAAAGGGAGAGGCUUCUCUGCCAGGAAGCACUGAGACAUGACAAGAGUAAUGUGCUCCAGAAAGAACUGCACAGCAAAGAGCAGGAGCUGGAGAAAAUUCUCUACCGCCAGAAAAAGCUGGAACAUCACCUCCAGUCUCUGAACUCACAGCAGCUGGAGACUCGCGUGCAGAACAAAAGGCUCCGGCACCUGAAUGAAAAAUUGCUGGAAGAGCUGGAGAAAUGCAAAUGGGAGCUGGAGGCAGUGAAGGGGCAAUUACAGAAGCUCCAGAAAGAGGCCCAGCUUGAGCAGGAGCAGAAGGACAGGGAUGUGUUUAGAGUCUCCAAGAACAUGCAGAAAGAGAAACAGAGCCUCCUUCGGCAGCUGGAGCUCCUUAGAGAGAUGAACAAGAAACUUCGAGAUGAGCGAGACGCUUUUGAAGCCAAGAAGAUGGCUGUUACUCUGCCCUGGUUUGGGGCCAGCCCUUCCCUGAGGGCUGUGUCUGAUUGGCCCCCAGGCAUUCAGGCUGCCCAGGAGCAGUUCCCCUGA